GGAAUUCACACAACCGAGAACCGAGUGGACUCCAGGACAUUCUCGAUUGUGGUUGGUACUUCGUGUAUAACACAGGAGGAAAUAGGAAAGGAAUUGUCGCUUGUUAGUGAGUGCGACAUUCAAAACAAGGGCACGCCCAAGGGCCGAGUGGAGAGUCCUUCGGUGCUCGAUUGGGAACCACUUCCGGCUGACGAUCGAACGAUGUGAACACCAUCAAAAUGGAUGCGGUGCGGUUUUCUAUCAUUGAGAAUGAAAUGCGCUGGGAAGAUGAGUAUCGGAUGUACUACCAGGAGGCACACGACGGCGGCAGCGAUCUUACCGACAGUGCCGAUCGGCUUCGGCUGAGCAUCUCCAGCGAGAGCGAUGUCGGUGGGGUGGAGAUUUCGUCACCAAACGCACCGCACGAACUCGGUCCGGAUUGUGAUGCGCAUGAGGAAAUCUGGAGCCGGACAGACAUCGAGACCGCCCUACGGGAGCUACCGGAAGGUGAAAGGAUAGCGGAGUUGCUGUGCGGCGCUACCGUCGUGAUGACAGCUGGCGAGCUGCUGGCUGAAUUUGGUGGUGCACAGCUCGCCACACUGCUGCUCCUCGCCGUGUGGUACGGCAAGCAGGACCUGCUGCGGAAGGUGCUCACUCACGAAGACGUCGAGGUUGAUGCGACGGAUGGUGCCGGUCGAUCUGCCCUGCACCUAGCCUGCUACGUCGGCAGCUACACUAUGACCGAGCUGUUGCUGCAACACGACAGCAACCCACAACAGUGGGACCGUGGCCGUGUUGCCACACCGUUGCACUGUGCCGCUAGCUGCGGUAGCCUGGAAUGCGUGACACUGCUGCUGGCCCGAAACGUGGACAUCAAUGCUGGCAUCGAGCAGCACUCGGCACUGCACUACGCGGUGAUGCGCAACAGCAAGCGGUGUGUCGAGUAUCUGCUGCAGCACGGUGCCAACCCGAACACACCGCAGGUGUACACACAGACGCCACUGCACGUGGCCGCCGCCCUCGGGUACGCCGACUGUAUGGCGCUCCUGCUAGCCCACGGGGCCGACGCGCGGUCCCAGUUUGGUCAGAAGAAAAUCACCGCCCUCCACCUGGCGGCCUCGGAGAACUAUCUCGAGUGCGUAAAGCUGCUGGUGACGGCCGGUGCGAACAUUAAUGCUCGCAAUCGGGACCAGCAAACGCCCCUACACCUGGCCUGCCUGUCCCAGUGCCACGAGACGGUUACCUAUCUGAUCGCCCAGCAUGCGGACGUCCACGCGGUGUACCGGGACGGGCGGACGGCCCUGCACGCUUCGAUAGUGAAGGAGUCACGCUUCUGGGACUGCACGCUCAGCCUGCUGAAGGCCAAGGUGGACGUGAACCGGGCGGACAACUUUGGCUACACUCCGCUGCACAUAGCGGCACUGAACGAGUUCAGCACCUGCGUUUACAUGCUGAUCGAGUUCGGGGCGGACAUUACGGCACGCACCAACGGUGGGGUAUCGGCCCUCUCGUUCAUCAUACGCCGGACACCGGAGAUCAUACCGAAGUACAUCGCGAAGCUAGACGCGGCGAUCAGCGUCAACAGUAUCCACGAGAUCGGCGAUGUCGACUGCGAGAUACGGCUCGACUUUCGGCCACUGGUGCCGAACAACGAUCGGGGCGAAACCGAGCUGCUGCUGGCGUUCAUCGAGGUCGGCCAGCGGCGCAUCCUGAAGCACCCGUUGUGUGAAACGUUUCUGCUGCUCAAGUGGCGCCGCAUCCGGAAGUUUUUCAUCUUCAGCCUCUUCUACCACGGCCUGUUUGUGCUGCUGUUCACGGCCUACGUGCUCGGCGUUUACGUGGAGGGCUGCCGAACGAAUGUAUGUCAGGCGCCGUCGUACGUGCCACCAAUCGGUUACGUGAUCAUCCUGUUCAAUCUGGUGCUGCUCACGAAGGAGGUGUUCCAGAUGAUGCAUGGAUUCGUCAGCUACAUACGGUACUGGGAAAACUGGCUGCAGUGGAGCAUCGUCAUCGGGAUCUUCCUGUGCACGCACAACGCGCUCGGUGACAUCAACUCCGUCGUGGUGUGGCAGCACCACGUGGCGGCGGUCGUGAUUUUCCUUGCCUGGCUCGAGCUCAUGAUGCUCGUCGGCCGAUUUCCCAUUUUCGGGCUCUACGUCCAAAUGUUCACGACAGUCGCGGUCAACUUCUCCAAGUUCCUGAUGGCCUACUGCUGCCUGCUGGUAGCGUUCGGUUUGAGCUUUUGCGUCCUGUUUCCAAACCACAUCGCCUUCAAGGGGAUUCCCCGCUCGCUGCUGAAAACCAUCGUCAUGAUGGCCGGCGAGCUGGAGUUCGAGGACAUUUUCUAUGGAGAAAAUCUCAAAAUCGAGUACCCCGCGACGGCACACGGCAUGUUUCUCGCAUUCGUGCUGCUGGUCACAGUGAUUCUGACCAACCUGCUGGUCGGUCUGGCGGUCAGCGACAUUCAGGGGCUGCAGCAAUCGGCUGGACUCGACCGUUUGUCCCGGCAGGCGGAGCUGAUAUCGCGGCUGGAGAGCCUCAUGUUCUCGAAGCUGCUGCGCAAAGCUCCAAUCCGGAUAUGGGCCAUCUUUCAAAAGAUCGCGCUCCUGAAAACAUCACGCUGCCGGCUGCACUUCCGCGUCAAACCGAACGAUCCGCGGGAAAAGAGGAUUCCGAGGGAGCUGAUCACCUCGAUCUACCAGCUGGUGGCCGAGCGGCGCGAACGGAAUCAGUCCAUGCGAAGAAAUCGAACCUACCGCAACAUGGAGACGUUCAACAAUUUGCUGAGCGACGAUGGUCUCGCAACCAUUACGGUGGGGGCAUGCGUCCGGACACGAUGCCUGCCACCUCCCUGA